AUGAAAAAAUCAAUAGCAUUUUGUGCUGCUUGGGCUUGUGGUUAUAUGAUAAAUGCAUCAUAACCAUAUAUUAAAAUGCUACAGAGAUCAAAUGAUGAAGAAGAAUUACAUAGUUUUCAAGAAUUUAUUCAAGAUUAAAACUACUCUCAACCAAAAAUAAUAGAUUUUCUUCAUAAUUCUCCAGAGAGACACUUUCUUCAUAAUAUGAUAGUUCAAAAUGAGAAAGCAUUUAAUUUUUUUAGAGUUUACCUUCCUAGAGAUGUGGAAAUAAGUAGCUGUGAGAAUAAUCAUUAACUUCAUGUUGUAUUUAAUGCAGCAGAAGAAGUAAGAGGGAAUAAUAAUGAUGUACAUAGUGGAUUGUUGGCAACAUUAAUAGAUAAUGCAUUUGGAUAAUUGAGUUUUUUGGCAACUGGAUUUAUUCCUUCAGUGACUGCAAACUUGUAAUUGAACUUUAAAGAAACAAUUCAUACAAAUAAAGAUUAUUUAAUAAGUUGUGAAGUUGAGAAGAUUUAAGGAAGAAAGGUGUUUUUGAAAGCAGUAGUUUAUGAUAAAGAUAAAAAUAUUUGUGGUGAAGCUACAGCAUUAUUUAUUACAGUAAAUUGGGGAGGAAAGUAAUGGAAAUAAGCAAUAGAAACUCUUCAAAGCACAAAAUUGUUUAAUUAAGGAGUUCAAAGAUUUCUAUAUUGA